GAAAAAGGAUCCUUUAUUCGAAAAUUGAAGACUUCAAAUAUCAGUUGGAGGAAGAUCCAGAAGUUAUGGAUUUAAAUAUACCGACAAAUAUUUCAGAAAUGAUUCGACAAGAGGAUGCAGAUUGUAACAUUUUUGCAACAGUUGUUGACACGACAAAGUCAAGUGGAUUUUUUACCUGUCAAAUACUUUGUCCAUCAAAGGCUGAUCCUAGAAUUGUAAUUCAUUGUACUCAAAAAAGGUUUAAAAAGCGUCAAUGCAAAUUAAAAAUACGAUGGAUGGUUAUUGGUUAUGAUAUAAAUUUCAAUUAUAAAUUUUUAGAUCAUAACUAUCAAUUAGAUGUUCGGAAGUCUGAUGUUAGCGUUAAUGCGUCAACCAAGUUUUAUAAUAAAUCGUUGGAUAUUAUGCCUGUCACAACGAAGAGAAACCUAUUCGUUGGAAUUCCUACAUUAAGUACACUGGAUUCUUCAAAUAAACGUCUCAUCAUAGGACACCAUUUUGUAAAUACUCAAGGGAAUAAAACCCAAGCAUAUGUAUUUUCUUAUUGCUCAGAGAAAAAUAGUUAUGACAAUUUGCCUAGCUUUACUUUUUAUACACUUGUUAUUUCAAAUUAUAACAACCCAAAAACUUAUGGUACACUACAAUUUAAAAAUUCCUACCUUUUCAAAAAACCAUAUAUCGAAUUUUGCAAAGAUUCUUUAAAGCCAAAAUAUGUUAGCUUAUGUUCCAUGGAAGAGAAUAAAAAUGGUCCAAUUUUUUUGAAACAAACCAUUUAUAAAAUUAGAAUUAAAGACAUUAAUUGUAAGAGUAAAGAUUGUAUAAUUUGUAUAAACAAACCAUUAAAGAUUUCAAAAGAAGAUUUUUCAUGUUAUUUCUUUGAUCCACACGAAAGAUUAAAUUUAAAUUAG